CAAGCGGCAGCCGGUGGGGUUUCGGUCGCCCUGUAUCCGUUCACCACCUCACUACAACAGCGUGCGUCGUCGCCGGCGGUGCCAGUGCGUUCUUGAUUACGAAUUUACGUACGAAAAAAUCGUCACGUUUCUUGCAAUCGAAAACAAUCAAAAUCGGAUUCUUAAUUGGUACAUUCUGGAAUCAAGAUGUUCAGAAAAAACUAAAGUCACAUUUACUUUAUAAUAGAAAUAACUUCGUCUUCAGCUAUGUCGAAUGUGGGUGGCGUCGACAACAACAUGAAUAAAACCGACGUAAACGAUCAAAAGAUCAAGCAAUCCGUAGACGUCGAAAAAGGUCGGAUAGAAUAUUUAGCAUCUAGUGUGCCGUGGAGUAAAGUCAUGGUUAUAGUCGUGGCUAUUUGCGUUUUGUUAGCGGCGUGCGCUACAACUUGGGUAUUCCAAGACUGGCAGACGAGUCUUCAAGUCUUCGCUAUCAUUUUUGUAGUUUAUGUCAUUUUAUUUUAUUGGAGAUGGCUUUGGGUGGCACUCAGGACAGCAAAGAGAGAUUUCUCGGCGUUAUAUUGCUAUUUAAAAAUUUUAUCAUUGACGAGAUCGUUUUCGAAGAAGAAUUUCUCAAUGCCUGAAAUAUUUCAUAACGUGGUGUUGCGACAUCCUGAUAAAGCAUGCUUCCUCUACGAAGACGAGACAUGGACUUUUAAACAGAUUGAAGAUUUUAGUUUGAGGGUGUCAGCAGCAUUGAAGAGUAAGGGUGUGAAGCGCGGGGACACGGUAGCUGUGAUGGCGGGUAACUACCCCGAGAUGCCGGCGCUGUGGCUGGGCGCUACGCGGCUGGGGGCGGUCGCGCCACUCAUCAACACCAACCAGACUGGCAACACUCUCCUCCACUCCAUCAAUGUUGCCAAAUGCAACCUUGUUAUUUACUGUAGCGAGUUCGACGACGCGUUCCAGGAAAUACAGAAAGAGUUGGACUCCUCUAUAAAGUUGUUAAAGUUCACUCGGCGUCCAUUGAACGUAUCAUCCGAUGCAGUGAAAGUUGUUGAAGAUUCAAACGAUUUCACGGGACUUCUGGAGAACACCUCGCCAGCUGCCUGGACUCCCUCUGACAGCGAUGGUUUUAAUGGAAAGUUGCUGUAUAUUUACACUUCUGGAACUACGGGACUUCCUAAAGCCGCUGUUAUAUCACCAUCUAGAAUGGUGUUCAUGGCUUCUGGAGUUCAUUACCUCGGCGGUUUGUCUCCAAAAGACGUGAUCUACUGCCCGAUGCCGCUGUACCACUCGGCCGGCGGCUGCAUCACUGUGGGCCAGGCGUUCAUCUUCGGCUGCACAGUCGCUCUAAGGAACAAGUUUUCAGCCUCGGCGUAUUUCCCUGAUUGCAUCAAAUUUAAUGCUACCGCUGCACACUACAUCGGUGAAAUGUGCCGCUACAUACUGGCAACUCCUGCAAAACCUACCGACAAACAGCACAAAGUACGCACGGUUUACGGCAAUGGGAUGAGGCCUACUGUGUGGACCGACUUCGUUAACAGAUUUAACAUCAAAAAGGUGGUUGAGUUUUACGGAGCUACAGAAGGAAACGCUAACAUUGUAAAUAUCGACAAUAAAACCGGAGCCAUUGGUUUCAUAUCCAGAAUAAUCCCCGCGGUGUAUCCUAUAGCUAUUAUCAAAGUGGACGAGCACACAGGCGAACCUAUAAGAAAUUCACGUGGUCUCUGUCAGUUGGCAAAAGCAAAUGAACCAGGAGUAUUUAUUGGUAAAAUAAACCCGAGCAAUCCUUCGAGAGCUUUCCUCGGAUACGUCGAUAAACAGGCUUCUGAAAAGAAAAUUGUCAGAGAUGUAUUUAAACAUGGCGACUCGGCAUUUAUAUCUGGAGAUAUCCUUACAGCGGACGAGCUGGGCUACCUGUACUUCCGCGACCGCACGGGGGACACGUUCCGUUGGCGCGGAGAGAACGUCAGCACCACCGAGGUGGAAGCCGCCAUCUCCAGGGUCGCUGAUCAAAGAGACGCUGUUGUUUACGGCGUAGAGAUUCCUAACACGGAAGGGCGAGCGGGAAUGUGCGGUAUAGUUGACGCGGACGGCAGCUUGGACUUCGAGAGAUUGGUCAAAGACAUGGCGAGGGAUCUGCCAAAAUAUGCCCGACCAGUCUUUCUUCGUGUUAUGGGCAGCCUCGAUAUGACAGGUACAUUUAAACUAAAGAAAGUGGAUUUACAAAAGGAAGGUUACGAUCCAACUAUAAUAAAGGACAAGAUCUACUACUUGGACCCAAAAUCAGAAAAGUACAUUAGUUUAGGUCCUGAGGAAUAUGAAAAAAUUAAGACAGGACAAAUAAGACUGUGAUUUUAAUUAAGAACUAGCAAUUGUUUUUAUAUUAAUUAUUUAUGUAAUUUUAAGAGAAUUAGUUGAACAUUAGUUUGGUGGAUGUUUGCUUUCGAGUGUCGAUAGUUACUACUACAAACCAGCCUACUGGCCUGGCUAGCAUUGCUGUCACGGUUGUAGUUCCAUUUUUGGCAAUGAUACGAAUAUUGCGCUGCUUGUGCUAUAGACAGUCUACCACGCAAGAAACAAAACAAAAUAUUUUUUUGUAAAACUGUUUGUACCGUUUAGAUAUUUUUUACAUGUAUGUGUAAUGUUAAUUAAGACACUUUUUUAUGAAUUUGUUGGGUCAAAUCAAUUUCCUACUGUAGACAAGCCAAUAAAAUGUAUUUUCAUGACAA